GUGUCGGGCCCAACCCCCCACUCCUAAUCAGGGAGCACCGGAGGUGAUUUCGGCCUAGUGCUUCUGUUCCGGGCGGGGUUGGCGGCGCCGCCUCCAGGCUUUGGGCGCCCGCGGCCUCAAAGCGCCGGAAGGGCCGGGCCUGCGCGCUCCGAGGACCUGUGGGCCGACUGCGCGGGUGCUGCGGGAGGGGCCGCGACUGGAUCUCGGUUCUAGAUGCUGAGCUUUUCAGGGCUGGCUGGAAGCUACAGCCCAGUCUCCAGAUGCAGUCUAAAUCCAGACAGUGUGAAGACGAAACUCCUUCCCUCUUCUGGGGUUUGGAUCCUGUGUUUCUGGCCUUUGCAAAACUCUACAUCAGGGAUAUCCUGGACUUGAAGGAGUCUGGCCAGGUACCAGGUGUAUUUUUUUACAAUGGGCAUCCGAUAAAACAGGUGGAUAUCUUGGGAACUGUAAUUGGAGUGAGAGAAAAAGAUGCAUUCUACAGUUAUGGAGUGGAUGAUAGCACUGGAGUUAUAAACUGCAUCUGCUGGAAAAGGCUGAAUAAUACCAAAUCCUCAUCAGCUACAGCCGCUCCAAGUGCAAGAGAGCUGAGCUUAACCUCUCAGCUUAAGAAGCUGCAAGAGACCAUUGCACAGAGAGCAAAGUUGGAAAUUGGGGACAUUAUCCGGGUCAGAGGCCACAUCCGCAUUUUCAGAGGAGAGCGAGAGAUUCAUGCCACGACUUAUUAUAAAGUGGAUGACCCAGUAUGCAACCUUCAGAUCGCGAGGAUGCUGGAGCUGCCUGCCAUCUACAGGAAAGUGUAUGACCAGCGCUUCCACAGUCCUGCCCUAAAGGAAGAAGAGGCACUGAGCAGCAAUCCUGGCACCCUGGACCUUGACAGUCUCACGUGUCUGCUGAGUGAAAAGGCCAAAGAGUUCCUUGUGGAGAACAGAGUGCAGACCUUUUACCAGCAGGAGUUGGAAACUGUGGAGUCCCUUCUGUCCCUUGCCAACCAGCCUGUGAUUCACAGCGCCUGCUGUGGGCAAAUGGGUUUUAAGAAUGACACCACUUCCAGAGCAAUUCACAGUAUAUUUAGGAAUGCUGUAAAGCUGCUGCAGGAAAAAGGACUCGUUUUCCAGAAAGAUGGUGGUUUUGAUAACCUAUUCUAUACUCUCUUUUCCUGUUUAGGUAACGAGAGAAAACAAAGAAUUGCACAGAAAGAUCCACCGGAUCAUUCAAGAGGAAUGCCAGAAACCAAAUCAGGUGUGGACAGCGGUGGAUGGCUGUUGUUGCACCUUCUCCCAUUGCUGUGCCUGCCUUACCCAACAGAAAAGAAAGACUUAAGACAUUCAAAAUCAACUGCAUAUAUGGGGAAAAUUAGAAAGUGACCUCACAUACCCAGGAAAAGGCACAGACUCAGAAAUAGACCUGAGAAGACCUUAGGUUUCCAUCUCAGGCUAUUCUUGGCUCAGAGACAGCCUACAACAACCAAAAAAAUUAGAAACAAUAACAAAAAAACAGCUAACACCAGGAAAGGGGAAGAAUCUAAUCUCCAGAAUUACCACAUUAUUAGAUUCAAGUGUCCAGUUUUCAACUAAAAGUGAAAGAUAUACAGAGAGACAGGAAACUAUGACCCAUUCAAAAGAGGCAAUGGGGGGAGCAACAGAAACUAUCCCUGAAAAAGACCUGAUGGCUUAUCUAUUACACAGAGGCUUUAAAACAGCUGUCUUAAAGAUGCUCAUGAAAAUGAUGGGUGAAUAAAAUGGAAAAUAUUGAUCAAGAGAAAAACUAAAAAGAAAUCCUGACAAGGACAAAAACUGAAAGGCAACAUUUGCUAGUGAUUCAAAGGCAGAUUUGAACAGGAAGAAGAAUCAACAGGGCUCUGAAGGAAAAUGAACAGAACCUAAGAGACCCGUGGGACAUCAUCAAAUGGACCAACAUACAUGUUAUGGGAGUCUCAGAAGAAGAGAGCAGGGGCAGUUAUACUGAUACUAAUAUCAGACAAAAUAGCCUUUAAAUCAAAAUGUUACAAGAAACAAAGAAGGAUAUUAUAUAUUAAUAAAAGGCUUGAUAAGAAGACAUAGCAAUUUUAAAUGUUAUGUGCCUCAUGACUGACCAUCAGAAUAUUACAUGAAGCAAAAACUGACAGAAUUGAGAGGAGAAAUGAAUAGUUCUACGAUAAUAGUUGGAGAUGUCAGUACUCCACUCUCAAUAGUGGAUAGAAAAACUGGACAGAAGAUAAGGAAACAGAGGCCUUAAAUAACACAAUAAGUCAGCCAGAUCUCACCUGUGCACACAACAGACUACCUGACAACAGCAUACGUGUUCUUCUCACAUAUACACGGGACCUUUUCCAGGACAGAACGUGUUAGACUGUCAGUAAUUCUCAAUAGAUUUUAAAAGAUAGAUAUCAUACCAAUUAUCUUCUCUCUGACCAGUAUCUUUCGAAGUUAGAAGACAAUAACAGAAGUAAAGCUGAAAAAUUUACAAAUUAGUGAGAAUUAAAUAACACAUUCUUAACCAAUUGACCAAAGAAGAAAUCACAUGGGAAAUUAGAAAAUACUUAGAGAUGAAUGAAAACUAGAAGACAACAUACCAAAGCUUAUGGGACACAGCAAAAGCUGGAUAUAAAGGGGAACUUUAUAGCUAAGAACACUUACAUGGGUUUACAAUUUAAGGAACUAAAAAAGAAGAACAAAGUAGCUCAAAGCUAAUAGAAGGAAGGAAACAAUAAAAAUUAGAGCACAGAUAAAUGAAAUAGAGAGUAGAAAAACAAUAGAGAAAAUCAAGGAAACCAAAAAUUGCUUCUUUGAAAAGAUCAUCAAAAUUGCUAAACAUUUAGCUGGGUGGACUAAGAAAAAAGAGAAAAAAGUCAGAUUACUAAACUCAGAAAUGAAAAUGAGGACAUUAAUACUGAUUCUACAGAAAUAAAAAGGAUUAUGAAAAAGUACUAUAAACAACUGUAUGCCAACAAAUUGUAUAACCAGAUGAAAUGGACAAAUUCCUAGAAACACAGAGCCUACCAAGACUAAAUCAUGAAGACAUGGAAAAUCUGAGUAGAGCUACAGUAAGGAGAUUGAAUCAGUAAUAAAUAAUCUCCCAACAAAGAAAAGUUUGGACCUAAUGGUUUCACCAGUGAAUUGUAAAUAUUUAAAGAACUAACGCCAGUCCUUUUCUGCCUGUGACUAGAAGAUCCCUCUAUGAAUAGCCUUGCUAGACAACCCUCAGAUGGCAGAAUGGCCUUUGUGAAGAAGUCCUUUAAGACCUCUGGGGCAGUCAGCACUGCUGAACAUACAUGCCUAUAAGUCACUUUGAGCCCUGAGCCUGAGCACCCAGGUCUUAUAAAAACUAAGAUUACAAGCCGAGCAGUGCUGGAAUUCCCAGUGUUCCCUCUCUGCUGUGUGCAAACCCAUUUCUGCUUGGUGUCCUCUACCCACCAUCAUCAACUCUUCCUCUUGGGAAAAGUUGAAGCUUCUUUAGAGCACGGACUAGGUUUUGUGCAUCUUCUUAGGUUAUGAAUAUAACGAUAAGUAAAUUCUCCAAGGAUGAAGCACCCACCGUGAGUUUCCUUUCACCAACACAACCAGAGGUGAAACAGGUGCUUUUCUUCCCAUUUAAUACAUGAGGAUGCGGGAUGAGAACCAUGGACCACUUUGCCCCGGUCAUAGAGCCAGCACUUGAAUUUGGGUCCUUUGGACUCCAGGGUCUGCUCUCCGUCUGCCCUCUGUACCUGUUCCCACUUGUUUAGUGUUGCACAUGUAUUAAUAGUAGGUGUUCAGGAAAUUUUGUUUGAACAAAUGUUGAAGAAACAGCUUGGAAAUGUGGAGACCAAUGGAGUUUCCCAGCAGUAACUCCGGUUGGCAGGAAUAAUGAGUUGAGUAGCCACUAGAGGUCAGAAUUAACAAGUCUUUGUUAGCCCACUACCUGUGAUCUGCCGUGACCCUUACAGCUGGGAAGGACCUGAGAGGUGCCCCCACCUCCGGUCCCACUCCCUUUUGGUCAGAAAACCAGGCUUGAAGAUGCAGUGACUUGCCCAAAGCCACAACCAUGUUUUGCCCAUCGCCACAACGACUGAGUGACUGAACUGAACUGAACUGAACAGCCCCUCCAGGACUUUGCUGGAGCCUAAAGCAUUCUGUCAUCUGAAAACAAUGUUCAGUGACUGUGCAGAGCACUGGUGGGCCAAGUGCUGGGCAUAUGUCAGUGAGAGACCUGACUGUGCUGAAAACUGGGGAGGGUUGGUUUCCAGGAAUAAGGUUUGACUUUGACUCAAUGUUACAAAUAAGUUUUAUGUCAUGACCCAGUAAAUUAUAUCAUUUUAUUAUAAAUUUUACUUCAACUAUAUAUAUAUAUACAUAUAUAAUUGAAUAUAAAUUAAUAUCCUACCUUAAUAUUUAUCCUACCUAAAAUGCAGUACAUUCUGUAAUCUCAUAUUCUGGUCUGCUUCAGUCUGUUUGGUAAGAAAAGAAUGCUAAUCACAACCCACUAAAUUGAUUUCAUGAUCCUCUCUGGUGGUCAUAACUUCAGUAUGAAUACCACUAUUACAGAAUGAUUGAUUUCUAUUAGGAAAGCAGUCACUCACCCUGAACUGUUACAGAUGGUCCCAUUUGUCCUGGUAGAGGGUGAGAAGUUCCUUGAACACAGCCACCACAGACAGACUGGAAGCCUAGGCAGAGAGGAGUGCGAAGAGGCCAAAGGUCACCAUCGCAGUCCCAUGGUCCAGGAUUUGUGGAAGGAAUAAGGAGACUGCUGCAGGCUGGCUCUGCUGUCCACCUCAGGAGGGCUCCCACCUGGGAAGCUAGGGGGUUAGCGCUGAAUAUGUGCACCUGUACAUGAGACUUCAUGAGAGAAAAAGAUGAUCAAGCGCUAAAACCCCAUGGGGUUAUGAGUAUAAAAUUACUGAUUGGGAAUCCUGGAAGGCUGAAGGCCUGUGUCCCCAAUCAGUGGUCCCUGGCGCACACCUGAGAACAGGUGAUUUAGUUUGUUGUUGUCAGUAAGGUAGGCCAGUGCAUCUCCUGCUUUAAUGUGCAUAGGAAUCAUCGGGGCGCGUUGGGAGGUCUUAUGAAGCUGCGGGUUCUGAUCCAGGAAAUAUAGAGAAGGACUUCUAUGUAGAGGAAAGGACAGCAGGGAGAGAGGAGGGUCUGACAGGUGUGUCCAAGCUU